AUGGAGCGGAACAUUGACAUUUACGCCAACAAGCUGGGGGAUGAUAAGCUUGACAUUAAAAUCAGAGCAAAUGUCGCGACCGAACUACGAGACAAUAUCGAGGCUCUAUGCAUGGGCACUAAUUACCCUACCUUUCUAGCCAAGCUAUGGCCGGUCUUUAAAACAAUCUUGAAGGGAGAACCGGUCUUCUUUAGCAUGUCAUAUGAGCAGAAACUCCGUAACUGCAUUUUCGAGACCUUACAUCGACUUCCUACCGCAUCCUCAGAUGUAGAGCCGUACGCUGCCGAUAUGGUGGAUUUGCUCAUGCAUCUUGCGCGCAUUGAGAACGAGGACAAUGCCGUGCUGUGUAUGAAAACAAUCAUGGACCUAGAGCGAAACCAAGCUAAGGCUACUGCGCAACGGGUGCAGCCUUUCUUGGAGCUAAUUCAAGAGAUGUUCCAGACUAUGGAGCAAGUCGUUCGUGAUACAUUUGACACUCCCAACCAAGCAACCCCCUCUGGGAUGCCUUCUACACCAAACACAAGUGCGCAGAAUUUUCAAUCUCCGAGACCUAGCUCCCCGGCUACGUCAGUAUCAGAUCUUGGUCCUGAACAGGGACACUCCAGCAAUAUUAUCCUGAAAGGCAUGCAGUCAUUCAAGGUUCUUGCAGAGUGCCCAAUAAUUGUUGUUUCAAUUUUCCAGACUCACCGUACUUCAGUCGUAGCUAACGUGAAGCUCUUUGUGCCACUCAUCAAGACCAUUUUGCUUUUGCAAGCAAAGCCACAAGAAAAGGCACAUGCAGAUGCUGCGGCGCAAGGCAGUAUCUUUACAGGUGUUUGCAAGGAGAUCAAAAACAGAGCUGCCUUUGGAGAGUUCAUUACUGCUCAAGUCAAGACAAUGAGCUUUUUAGCGUACCUUCUGCGCACGUACGCUCACCAACUUCAGGAUUUCCUACCCACUUUGCCGUCUGUUGUCGUUAGACUCCUCCAAGAUUGCCCACGUGAAAAGUCUGGGGCACGAAAAGAAUUACUUGUCGCAAUUCGUCACAUUAUCAACUUCAACUAUCGCAAGAUCUUCCUCGAGAAAAUUGAUGAGCUUCUGGACGAGCGAACGUUGAUUGGAGAUGGUCUAACUGUUUACGAAACUAUGAGACCCUUGGCUUACAGCAUGCUUGCUGAUCUCAUUCACCACGUACGCGAUCACCUCAGUCGGGACCAGAUUCGUCGAACCGUCGAGGUGUACACAAAGAACCUCCACGAUGACUUUCCCGGUACUAGCUUCCAGACAAUGAGUGCCAAGCUGCUAUUGAAUAUGGCAGAGAAGAUCUCCAGGCUUGAGGAUAAGCGCGAGGCGCGCUACUUUCUCCUGAUGAUCUUGGAUGCCAUUGGUGACAAGUUUGCCUCGAUGAAUUAUCAGUUCACCAACGCUGUCAAGGUAUCCAAAGCCUACAAUGAGUACAGGAAGGAUAGCGAGCCAGCUGCUGAGAACUAUUUGGCCGAAAAGGAUCAACCGCCGGACUGGGACAACAUCGACAUCUUUUCUGCAUCUCCGAUCAAGACUUGUAGCCCACGCGACCGUGGUGGAGACCCCGUGUCGGAUAACAUCUUCCUAUUCAAGAACCUCAUCAAUGGGCUGAAGAACAUCUUUCACCAACUGAAGAAUUGCAAUCCUGAUGACAUCCAGAUUGACCCAAAUAGCGUGCCAAUCAACUGGUCGGAGGUUUCUUAUGGAUACAAUGCUGAGGAGGUCCAUGUUAUCAAGAAACUUUUCCAUGAAGGUGCCCGAGUCUUCCGUUAUUACGGAGUGGACCAGUCUGCUCCUGAGGUGAACUACUCAUCUCCGUUCGAUUUUCUCGCUAGCCAGUACACCGCACCCAUGAUGCGUGAAGAAAAAGAGCUCCUGGAGAGCUUCGGCACCGUGUUUCACUGCAUUGAUACCGCCACAUUUCACGAGGUCUUCCAUUCGGAGAUUCCGUAUUUGCAUGAGCUCAUGUUUGAGCACGGCUCUCUGCUUCACUUGCCGCAAUUCUUUUUGGCUAGCGAAGCAACGUCUCCCGCAUUUUCUGGGAUGGUGCUACAGUAUCUCAUGGAACGUAUUCACGAAGUUGGGACAUCUGACAUGACCAAGGCGAAGAUCCUUUUGCGAAUGUUCAAGCUCUCUUUCAUGGCCGUGACUCUCUUUUCUGUGCAAAAUGAGCAAGUUCUCCAUCCGCACGUAACAAAGAUCGUCACCAAGUGUAUCGAAUUGUCGGUGACCGCCGAGGAACCUAUGAACUAUUUUCUUCUCCUACGUUCACUCUUCCGAAGCAUCGGUGGUGGACGCUUUGAGCUUCUGUACAAGGAGAUUCUCCCGUUGUUGGAGAUGCUGCUCGAGACUUUCAAUAACUUGUUGCUGGCUGCUCGAAAGCCUCAGGAGCGAGACCUUUAUGUGGAACUCACUCUUACAGUGCCCGCUCGACUCAGUCAUUUGUUGCCUCACUUGAGCUAUCUCAUGCGCCCAAUCGUUGUGGCAUUGCGUGCUGACUCGGAUCUUGUUGGCCAAGGCUUGCGUACUCUCGAACUUUGCGUGGACAACUUGACUGCCGACUACCUUGACCCCAUCAUGGCUCCUAUUAUGGAUGAACUGAUGACGGCGCUCUGGGAUCACCUGAGACCUCAUCCAUACAACCAUUUCCACGCUCACACAACCAUGCGGAUUCUCGGCAAAUUGGGCGGCCGUAACCGAAAGUUCUUGAAUCAUCCUCCCGAGCUCUCAUUCCAACAGUUCGCGGACGACAACCCGAGUUUCGAUAUUCGUCUCAUUGGGCCAAGUGAGAAGCGCCCUUUCCCACUUGAUAUAGGCAUCGACUUGGCUGUCGGGAAAAUCAUGGAGUCUCCUAAAACGGAUGCUGCCAAGGGCUCGGACGCCUACUACAAGCAACAGGCGUAUCGCAUGCUUAGCUCCCACUUGAAGCUUAACAUUGGAUUUGACAAUCUGCCUGAUGAUCUUGCGUCUCAGAUUCGACUUCAUGCAAAUGAUCUAUACGAGAGCAAGCCUGGUGCCAUGGUUGACAUCCUUGAAAAGUCUGAACGAUCAGCAUCAAUCCCAAAGAAGGUGUCACAGGAAGAAACUGUCAAGAAACUUCUAAAGGCCUGUAUCUUUGCGACAACUAUUCCUGAUCUGGCUACAAAUGCAACCGCUUUUGUAGCUGACGUUUGCAAGCACUUUGCCAUCGUAGAAGUUGGCCGGGCUCUUGUUCAUGUUCGCCACAGCCGUAAGGGGUUCGAUGUGGCAAAUGGAGAGGGUCCAGUUUAUCUUGAUUCUCGAGUUCUUGCUGACGCCAUCGUCGAGUGUCUUGCUUCUGACAGUGCCGAAAUUCGUGACGCAGCGGAACAAGCUAUGCUUGUUGUCAAGGAAGCGGCGGGUGUCAUCUUCGGUAACCCAGAGAAGGCUUCAAAGCUUCCAUUUUUCCAACACUUGGGUCGUGUCUUUUGCCAUAGCUGCCACAGUGAGGACUGGUUCACAAAAGCAGGUGGAAGUCUAGGGAUAAAGCUGCUUGCCACCAAGAUGGACAUGGGGCCCGCUUGGAUCUACGAACGCCACCUCGACUUCUCUCGAGCCCUUCUAUAUGUCAUCAAAGACACACCCUCCGACCUACCUGCAUCCACACGAAUCCAAGCCCAAGAGACAAUCCUUUUGAUUCUCAAGAGUUGUGGGCAGCUCAUUCCCAAACAUGACUUGACAAAUGAAAAGAGUCGUUUGUUUGCCCUCUGUGGAUUCUUCGUCGUCGAACUCGGCCAUAUGAACAAGCAUGUCCGUGAAACUUGUCGCAGGUGCUUUGCAGCUCUCAAAGAAGAAUUGGGCUGUGAAGUACACGAGCUCAUCUCUCCGGUGAAAGAUCGUCUUCUCCAGCCGAUUUUCAACAAGCCAUUGCGUGCUCUGCCUUUCCCGAUCCAAAUCGGAUUCAUUGAUGCAAUUACAUAUUGCCUGAGCCUACAUAAUGAUAUAGUCACAUUCAAUGAGGCACUCAAUCGACUGAUGUUGGAGUCCCUGGCACUUGCUGACGCAGAAGAUGAAUCACUCGCUGCCAAACCAAACGAGUUCAAAAAUGCAGACAUGAUUGUCAACCUGCGUGUCGCUUGCCUGCGUCUUUUGUCAAUGGCAAUGAAUUUUUCCGAGUUUGCCAAUACCCCGCAGAAUACUAGUCGCGCUCGGAUAAUCUCCGUUUUCUUCAAGUCGCUAUACUCUCGGUCUCCCGAAGUGAUUGAGGCCGCCAACGCUGGUCUCAAGGAGGUUCUUUCACAGACCAACAAGCUUCCGAAGGACUUACUUCAGAACGGCCUACGUCCCAUUCUCAUGAACCUGCAAGAUCCCAAGCGCCUCAGUGUUGCUGGUCUUGACGGCCUUGCGCGUCUGUUGACGCUCUUGACGAAUUACUUCAAAGUAGAGAUUGGUGCCCGUCUCCUUGAUCACAUGAAGGUUAUUGCAGAUGAUGCUACUCUACAAAAGGUGUCUUUCAGUCUUGUUGAACAGAAUUCAUCCAUGAAGAUUGUCGCCGCAAUUUUCAACAUCUUCCAUCUCCUCCCGCCCGCUGCUACCUCAUUCAUGGAACUUCUCGUCAACAAAGUUAUGGAUUUGGAAAAGAAGCUUCGCAGAACCUCUCACAGUCCUUUCCGUAAGCCUUUGGUGAAGUAUCUCAACCGUUACCCCAAGGAGAGUCUUGCUUUCUUCUUGGCACGGUUCAAGGAGGAGCGAUUUGGUCGGUUCUUUGGACAAAUACUGGCUGAUCCCGAGAGUGAGGCCCUCCGAAAUGCUGUGGUAGCUGACACCGAAGGAUUUACUACCAAUGCUUUCGGACCGGAGGCAGCAGAGAGCACAAACACUGCAGCUAUUCAUGGAAUCUACGUUGCCCACUCUAUUUGCUCCUAUCCGUCAACGAAAAAUUGGCUGGUUUCGCACGCGGACGUGCGAACAAAGCUUCUUACCUCAGGGAGAGAGCUUGAGCGCAAGCUUCGUGGCGACAGCUUGCCUGCUGACGAGCGCCUUAGAGUUGAACAAGCAGAAGAUCAAUUGAUGGAUAUUUUCACUGCCUAUUUGGCUGAAGCUACUCACGAUCUCGACUUCCUCUUCGAGGUUAUUGAUGGCCUGUCUGCUGAUGAGUUGAAGCGUACAUUGGCACUGCCCAAAUUCAUCUUCAAGCACAUAAUCAUGAAUGAUUCGAUUGAUUACCGUCGAUCCGUCAUCAUGCGCUGUCUAGAUCUCUACGGCCAACGUGCUUGCUCACAGAAGACUAAGACAUAUGCCUUCCGCAACCUGGUAAACCCAAUCUUUGCCAUGGAUAUCCAGAAGACAUGGCAUAGUCCACAGAACGGGCCCAAGCUCAUGGACAAGAGCAUGACCGAAUCGAUCCAGAGUCGGUUGUGGAAGCCUCAGUUGGCUGAUUUGAGUGAGGAGUCCAGUCAAGCCGGAGUCGAUCACUCGCGCAUGGAGUUGCUGCAGUUGUCCGCUCUCUUGAUCAAGUAUCAUCACCAUACAGUUCAAGAUUCUCGAAAGGACAUCAUCAAAUUUGCUUGGAAUUACAUCCGCCUCGAGGACAUUAUCAACAAGUAUGGCGCUUACGUGCUGAUUAGUUACUUUAUUGCCCACUACGAGACACCUUUCAAGAUCGUGAUGCAAGUUUAUGUCGCAUUGUUGAGAGCUCAUCAGAACGAAGGCCGAGCUCUUGUCACCCAAGCUCUAGAUGUCUUGGCUCCUGUUCUGCCCAUUCGAACAACUGCUGGCAAUCAAGGUGAAGCAAGGUAUCCUCUAUGGGCCAAGUGGCCUCGCCGCAUCUUGGCGGAGGAAACAGCCAAUCUGCAGCAGGUCAUGUGUAUCUUCCAGUUUUUGGUGCGACAGCCAGAUCUCUUCUACGAGUAUCGGGAGCACUUCGUGCCGCUAAUUGUUCCCUCACUCAUCAAGAUUGCAAGCCCGCCCAAUGCCUCGAAUGACAGCAAGAAGUUGGCACUCAAUCUGAUCGGCCUCCUUUGGCAUUGGGAAGAGAAACGGGUCCAGUGGAUGGAUGUUUCAAUCGAUUCCCCAAAUACCAAGAAACGCACUCUGAGUGAAUCACAGGAGGCAACAUCUUCUCCUGCUUUGGCACCACCGGCCAGUCGAGGGCCAGGGUCUGAUUACAUCGUUCCUGUCGAACUUCGUGGCGCCCUGAUCAAAUAUCUGAUCACUUUCAUCACUACAAUUCCCGAACGCUUCUUGGUUCCGGCUGCUCAGAUCCGUCUUUUGCCGUCAUCGAAGCAAACACCUCCCGUGGCCACCGGUGAGAUUAUCGUCAAGGCUGUGAAUCUUCUCCGGAAGCUUCUCUCGCCCGCGUAUUGGGGAGAUCUUGAUAUCGAUCUUUACUCUAAGGUGACUGAGCCGAUUCUAGCGGGCGAGAAGGCCGACAAGCCUGACGACAAGCAUAUUACCGCAAUGGUCAAUGCUCUUCAGGUAUUGAGGGUGCUUAUCUCUGCUCAACCCGAUGAGUGGAUCACAGCUCGUCUCCCAUCCAUUCAGAAGCUUCUUGAGAAGCCAUUGAAAUCAGAUAACCCUGAGAUCCAGGAUUGUUUACACGGACUUGAAGAUGAGAUGGACAUUUCCCCCAAGCUACCGCCCCCCGUUCGCCGCGUUCUCGAGGCAAUUCCGGACGAUACACCUGAUGACGAAGAUGCCAUGGACACUGACAGCACCCCGUCGGAGUUUGGCACUUACCUGUCUGCUAUCGCCACCGAGACAUUGUCCGCCAGCAACUAUGUUUCAAGUCUGAACACUCUUUGGACACUUUCCCAGAUCAAACCGGCCGAGAUUGAUGCUCACAUCCCUGCUGUCAUGAAAUCAUUUUCACAGAAGCUAGCCAAGGACCAUGUCGCGUCUUUCACAACCCAAAGCGGUGCACAGUAUCCACCAGGGCAAAAGCCUGCAGAAGGAACUCCCGAUCAGCAAGAGUUUGAACUAGGAGUGGAUCUUAUAUACAAAACGAUUGAACUCAUCUCUGUCCGUAUGUCUCACCUCGGUGAUCAACGGCGUCCAUUCCUGAGUGUACUGGCAUCCAUUGUCGAACGAUCACAAAACAUCAAGCUGUGCAGCAAGGUUCUCGGCAUGGCCGAGUCCUGGAUAUUCCAUUCGACAGAGUCAUGGCCAACCUUGAAGGAGAAGACGGCAGUGUUGCACAAAAUGCUUCUGUUCGAGUCACGACCCGAUCAGACUAUGUUGAAAAAGUUCCUCGAUCUUGUUAUUCGCAUCUACGAAGAUUCGAAAAUUACUCGCACCGAGCUUACAGUUCGUCUAGAGCACGCUUUCUUGAUCGGUACGAGAGCUCAAGACGUUGAGAUGCGCAACCGCUUCAUGAAAAUAUUCGACCGUAGCUUGACACGUCUCGCGAGUGCACGCUUAAGCUAUGUUCUUACUUGCCAAAACUGGGAUACCCUCGCAGACUCGUUCUGGUUGACCCAAGCCUCGCAUCUUAUCCUGGGAUGCGUAGACUUGAACACCACCGCUCGUCUUCACACGGAUGACUUUACUCUUUAUCCAUUGACUUUCCUCUUUGCUGGCGGCGAAAAAGAUUCCCGAAAGUCUGAUAUUAUGGUUGAUAACCAAUUGGAGGCCUUCGUUGCGGAUCGUAAGCGUUUUAUGUCUGAGGUCGGCGACGUGAGGGUCCGUGAUUUGAUUGAACCUCUUUGCCAACUUCAGCACACCGACCCGAAUGUUGCAUCGAAGCUGUGGACUACGCUCUUCCCGAUAUUCUGGUCAACCUUGUCUAAGGACGACCGGAUCGAUCUUGAGAAGGGUAUGGUGACAUUGCUCACGCGGGAAUACCACCAGAGACAACUGGACAAGCGACCCAACGUUGUCCAGGCUCUUCUCGAAGGUGCCGUGCUUGCACGUCCCCGGUUUAAGAUUCCUCCGCAUGUGAUGAAAUACCUAUCCCGUACUUAUGAUGCCUGGUAUACUGCUGCGACAUACCUGGAGGAGAGCGCUGUUAACCCAAUCAUUGAUACACCUACCGUUAGGGAAAGCAAUCUCGAUGCAUUGGUAGAGGUCUAUGCUGGUCUCCAAGAAGAUGACUUCUUCUAUGGAACAUGGCGACGUCGCUGCAAGUUUGUCGAAACCAAUGCAGCUCUUUCCUACGAGCAACAGGGAAUGUGGGACAAGUCUCAACAGCUUUAUGAGAAUGCGCAGAUCAAAGCACGCUCAGGAGCUAUGCCAUUCUCGCAAGGUGAAUACUUUGUAUGGGAGGAUCACUGGUUGAUCUGUGCCCAGAAGCUUCAACAAUGGGAGAUUCUGAGUGAUUUCGCCAAGCACGAGAACUUGAAUGAUCUUCUGCUAGAGGCCGCCUGGAGAAACAUUGAAAACUGGCAAAGCGAAGGUAACCGGGAGCAACUUGAGUCCCUGAUCAAGUCCGUUUCUGAUGCUCCUACUCCGCGACGCACUUUCUUCCAGGCCUUCAUGGCUCUCCUCCAGUACCAUGUCAAGAAGGAGAACAUGCAAGACUUCAACAGUGUGUGCGACGAGUCAAUUCAGCUGUCAAUUCGCAAAUGGCUGCAGUUGCCCAAACGCAUCACUAAUGCUCAUAUUCCAAUUUUGCAGCACUUCCAGCUGCUUGUUGAGCUGCAUGAUGCCAGCCAUAUCUGUGGCAGCUUGGCUCAGACUAAUGAACGCAACCUGGACACUAAGUCCGCUGAGUUGAAGCUGCUUCUUGGCACCUGGCGAGACCGCCUUCCUAACCUUUGGGAUGAUAUCAACACCUGGCAGGAUUUGGUUACUUGGCGACAGCACAUCUUCCAACUCAUCAACGGGACUUAUCUUGGCCUUCUUCCUCCGACGGCCAACAACGUGGCCAGCAAUUCAUAUGCCUACCGUGGAUACCAUGAGACUGCCUGGAUUAUCAAUCGCUUUGCUCACGUUGCUCGCAAGCACCAGAUGCCAGAGGUCUGCAUCAAUCAGCUCAGCCGUAUCUACACGCUGCCCAACAUCGAAAUCCAGGAGGCUUUCCUGAAGCUACGGGAGCAGGCCAAGUGCCACUACCAGAAUCCCAAGGAGCUGAACAGUGGGUUGGAUGUUAUCAAUAAUACCAAUCUCAACUACUUUGGACCUCAGCAGAAGGCCGAGUUUUACACCUUGAAGGGAAUGUUCCUGGCCAAGCUUGACCAUGUCAAUGAAGCUAACGAGGCAUUCGGUGUUGCUCUCUUUUACGACCUCCGUCUGGCCAAAGCCUGGUCUGAAUGGGGACAGUAUAGCGACCAGCGGUUCAAGUCAGACUUCUCUGACUAUGAACUUGCUAGUAAUGCGGUCAGCUGCUACCUGGAAGCAGCCGGCCUGUACAAGAGCGCCAAGUCGCGGAAGCUUCUCAGCCGUAUUUUGUGGCUUCUCAGCUUGGACAAUGAUGAAGGCCAAAUUGCCAAGUCAUUUGAAGAAUUCAAGGGUGACACGCCUGUUUGGUAUUGGAUCACUUUCAUUCCUCAGCUUCUGACCAGCUUGUCUCACCGUGAGGCAAGGCUUUGCAAGGCUGUCCUUGUGAAAAUCGCCAAACUGUACCCACAGGCUCUAUUCUUCCUCCUCCGUACGAACAGAGAGGACAUGCUUAGUGCCAAGAAACAGCAUGAUCAGAAGCAGGAGAAACUUAAUCGGGCAAGACAACAGCAGAGUUCUGCUACCCCCAAGCCUUCUGUCAACGGCGACGCAUCCCCUGCUCAGAAACCCCCAAUGAGUGUACCUGCACCCAGCGCUUCGCCAGCCGGUCAGGCUGCCAGCUUACCAAUGUCGCAAUCUCCCGCCCAGGGACAGCCUUCGCAAAGUCAAUCUCCAGCACAAGCCUCCCCGCUCCAGGUUCAAAGUCAAAUCCCUGGUCAACAUUUGCAAGUACCAGGUCAGAAUGGGACUCCUCGGCCGCAAAACCAACCUACUCCUACUACGGAGGCAGAGAAGGAGACUCUCAAGAAGCCUUGGGAAUACUCGGACGAGAUCAUGUCUGGUCUCAAAACUGCAUUCCCCUUGCUUGCUCUAUCUAUGGAGACUAUGGUUGAUCAAAUUCACAAGAAUUUCAAGUGCCCUCCUGAUGAAGAUGCUUACCGACUCAUUGUGGCCCUUCUCAACGAUGGAUUGGCCUAUGUGGGACGCAUGCCCGGCUCCUAUGCGCAAGAUUUUAAGUUGCCACCUGCAACGGAGGCUAACAUCACACGUUUCGCGGAGACCAUUCUACCUGCCCACAUUCGGAAAUCUUUCGAGGCGGACUUUGUCGUCAAAAAGCCGACAAUGUAUGAAUACAUUCAAAAACUUCGCAAGUGGCGCGACAAAUUUGAAGAGAAACUUGAUCGACGACCCCAGUCCGGCAACCUUGAGAGUUAUUCACCGCAUCUCAGCGAGUUUCGCUUCGGCAAAUUUGAUGAAGUUGAAGUCCCUGGGCAAUAUUUGUUGCACAAAGACAAAAACCAGGACUUUGUUCGAAUCGACCGCUUCUUACCGGACGUGGAUCUAGUGCGCGGUAUUGGUGUUUGCCAUCGACGCCUCAAGAUUCGUGGACACGACGGUAGUGUUCAUGCCUUUGCAGUUCAGCAUCCAGCUGCACGUCACUGCCGACGCGAAGAGCGCAUUCUCCAACUUUUCCGCAUCUUCAAUGGUUUGUUGGCCAAACGCAAGGAAAGCCGUCGCCGGAACCUGUACUUCCAUCUCCCUCUCAUGGUGCCACUUGCUCCUCACAUUCGCUUGGUUCGCGACGACUCUUCCUAUAUCUCCAUGCAAGGUAUCUACGAGGAUUACUGCCGACGAGUUGGCAUGAACAAGGAUGAGCCUGUCCUGUAUACCAUGGACAAGAUGCGCUCUCUGGCAGAGACAAAGGCAAAUCGUACUCCCGAUCAACAACAGAUUCUCCGCACUGAGAUCUUGACUGCGAUUCAGGAGAAGUGGGUUCCAAGCACUGUGGUUUUGGAAUACUUCCAGCAAACCUACCCUACCUUCUCGGACUUUUGGCUCUUCCGACGCCAAUUUGCCUACCAGUACGCGGCGGUCGCUUUCAUGACUUACGUGAUGCACAUCGGAUACCGAUACCCCAACAAGAUUCUGAUCUCGCGUUCUUCCGGUGACAUUUGGGGUGCAGAGUUGAUCCCAACCGUCAAUCCCAACAAGGCAAUCUUCUACAACCCCGAGCAAGUUCCUUUCCGAUUCACUCCGAAUAUCCAGACUCUGUUGGGUCCUAUCGCUACGGAGGGUCUCUUUGCCUGUGCCAUGAUGGCGAUCGCCCGCUGUCUGACAGAGCCGCGCCAUGAGCUGGAGCAGCAGCUCAGCAUCUUUGUCCGCGAUGAGAUGAUUUUCUGGGCUACCUCCCACGGACGUGGUACGAUUCAAGUUCCCCAGCUGCGCGAGCUGGUCUACAACAACAGCGACAUCAUCGUCAACCGAGCCGUCAGCCUUGCCAGCCCGCCAGAGGGCAACCUGCCCGCAAACCAGACCACGAUUGACUUGAUCUCUAAGGCGGUCAACCCCACUCACCUGGCCGCUUGCGAUGCGCUUUGGAUGUCAUAUCUCUAA